AUGGGACCUUUUAAAAAAUCCCACAAUGAUUUUUGCACUCCCUUGCAUGCUCCAUAUGGUGCAAUUUCUCAUCCUCUCAUAAAAUCUUCUCAAACAGUCGGAUCCAUUUACGAUAAUAUUAUCUUCCCCAAUAGAAAACAUUUGGUUGUAGGUCUCCCACACUCUCUCCAGAUUUACAAUCUCAACAAUGACCAAGACCAAAACCAAGACCAAAAUCAAGAUCAAACAAAACCAUCUUCAAAAGAACUUACUCUAAUUGCAUCUAUUGAUCUACCUUAUAAAUACCCUCUUAUAGCUCUCUUCUCUUCUCCACCAGAAAUCACUGACCAACCCAAUUGGAUCAUUUUGGUUUUUGCUUCAUCAGAUGUCCGUGUCUUAAAUCUGAAUCCAUAUGGCUUCCCAGACGAAUAUUCAUUACAGCAACUCCAGGACAUUAUACCCAACUUUUAUUUCAUUUCAUUUACCCCAGAAUAUUCAUUAAAUUCAUUUAAAAAAUCUAUAUUGCUUGAUCAAAAUCCUGUUGUGACAAUUGAUCCUUCUGGGAGACUCUUAGCCAUUUCCUUAAACGUCAAUGAAAUUCAUUUUUAUGAGCUCAACUUUGAUAAGCCUCUCUUUAAUCUAAAAAACUCUCCCACACGACCAGAAAAUCGAAUUUUUGGCAAUGAUGAACAAUCCACUUCUUCAAAUUUUUUUAUUUCAACAUCAUGCAUUGUUAAUCCAACCAUCCCACACAUUCAAGCUCUCAUUUUUCUUUCAAAUUGCGGCUCUUCACAACUGGCUGUUCUCAGCAGUCCAAACUAUGAAACUACAGCAAUUGACAUUCUGACCAUUUCCUGUACAUCAAAAACAGCUCUGGAAACAAAACUAGCUGUUACCAAACUAACAGAAACUUAUACCAUUCCUAUCCCCUUCCAACAUCAAAUCUUACCCAAUCCUGGCGAUUUUGGCGGCUUUUUCGUCAUCUCUCCACAUAAUGUCAUGCUGUUCCGAAACCCUCCAACAGACCCAGCCUUCCACACAUUUGUCAACAAAUUAACGUCCCACGACAUGGAUAAGCUUGACUCUAAGAAGGUUCCUUAUAAAAGAAAGUCAAAGAAAGAAAAUAUCAAUUUCACUGAACAGGAAAAAGCAGAAAAGGCAGAAAAGGCAGAAAAGGCAGAAAAAGACAAAACUAAUGAAUUUUUCAAUAUUUCUUUAUUCCCCUUGCUAGAAGUGGCAAAAUCUAAAAGGAAAAAUAAAAUAGCUCUUUCUCUUUUCUUGGCUAACCAAAAUGUGGCCCUUCAGAAACCUAUAAUCGGUUAUACCUCAAUUGACAAGGACCGUACACUAUUAUGCGACAUGGAUGGCCGUCUUUACAUGCUAAUAGCUUAUCAACAACUACACGAAACAAAUCCUAAGCAAACUAUUGAUCUUAAAAUGGACAUUCUUUAUCUGGGAAUGGUCUCUCCUUCGCAUUCUUUAACAUGCCUUGAGCCUGGUCUCAUUUUUGCAGGAAGCAAAGUCGACGAUUCCAUGCUUUUUUCCAUCAGUUCUCGAUCUCCAAACAAGAAACAAAAAACACGAUCCAACGACCCUCGCAACAAAUCAAAGCCACAGCCUCUCAUAACUGUUAUCCAACUAUUCGAAAAUACUGGGCCAAUUUCCAGCAUUGCUGCAAACCCAAAUUUCUGCAAAUACGGGAAUUAUAAAUAUAGUUUCUGGUGUAGAUCUCCAACGCACGACAUGUUUUUUGCUGCAAUGGGGAAAAGUGGGUUUUCGCGUAUUAAAAAGUUUACUCCAGGACUCUUUACCAAAACCAUCGCACCUACUGAUAAGAUUAAUCUUGAUAAAAUUUUCGGGUUUGGUGAUAACGAAUACAAACUUUUCCCUCUUAACAAUAACGGCGAUGUCUUAGUAUCAAGCAAUACUAAAUCAGCGCUUUUCUUAGUCUCAAACUCUUCUUCCUUGAAUCCAGAUCUUAUUUUAGAUGAACCUACACUUACUCUAGGAAUUUAUACCAAUGGCUUUGGAACUACCUCUAAUUCACUUAUCAUUCAAAUCACAAACCAAAGAGUCCGGCUGGCCGGCUUCCCCCAAGGUAAAAUCUAUUUUGAAGAAAUGUUUGAAAACGAGGCCUCUUUAGCAGCUGUUGAUGUACAUAGCAAAGAUGGGUUUUUUGCAACAAUUACUAAGAAACAAACACUUGAACUUUUCCAAAUUCCUGCAGACUUUGGGCCCAUUGAACACAAGUACUCAUAUACAUCCAUUUUUUCCCCUGACGGUUUAUAUCUUCAGAUUUACGACCGAUGGAUCGUUUAUGGCUAUAAACAUCUGGAAGAUAACUCUAAUCCAACGUUAUUUUUCACUCUUGUUGAAACAAAGGACGAGGGAGAAUCUAAAAAAAAGAAAAAGGGCAAGGGAAAGCACAAUUUUAGAAAUUGUGAAGGAAAAAAAGCUGAAUCGAAAGAACAAUUUUUUGGAUCAUUAAAAAUAAAGUCCGAUGCUAGAUAUGAAAUUAUUGAUGCUACAAAAACUUUUAUGAUGUCAAUGAACUCGCUUACUAUCUCGAGCGGUUGCUUUUGCCUGGCAGAACUUCCAUAUCAGGGCCAAGCUGAGCCAACAAAAGUACCUAUGGUUUUCGAAUCUAACACACAUGGUAAAAUAUAUGCUACCAUUCUUCAUUUCAAAGACAAACGUACUCCUGCUGUCAUGUACAAUGAAGCUUUUAGACUUAAACUUGGCGAAGGCAUAGUUACUCUUAUCCCUCCUCUUGAUGGACGCGGACUACCGUUUGUCAAACGUGGAAAUGACUUGUUUAUGCUUGUUUUUGGGCCCAACAAUCAUGACGAGCCUGAUAGAAAACAACCAAUCAAUUUAGAAUUCUCCAAGCUUAGAGAUGGAUCAAUACCCCUCUUCCCUCUUCGCUCGGAAAAUAUAAAUCAUUCUGACAGCGACUCUGACAGCGACUCUGACAGUGACUCUGACAGCAAUUCAGAUUUUAAUUCUAAUAGCAACUUUAAGAAGCCUUCUGAUACUCUUUCGGAUUCAGAUUCAGAUUCAGAUUCAAUUCUAGAUCUUGAUUUUCACAAAGCCCUUUUUAAAUUGAAGUACAUUCCUCUCCACCUUGACAUUGAGAUUAACAAGAUAUCAGCCCCAAGCAUCCAGCCAACACUUGAUAAUAACAACAAACCUAGACUUAUUUCCGAUAAAAGAAUUGUUUCUUUAGUUUCUCCUAAACCCUAUAUGGAUUACUCUACGAGAUCCAACAUAGUGAUGAGUGACUGGCGUGUUCCGGCUAUAACAAUGGAUAAUGAACUUGUUUUUGUGAGCAAGGACAGUACUCGCUGGGUUGGAUGCAAGAUUUCAGAGCAUCGUCCCACAAAAAAUGGGGUUGUUACGCACAUUAAGAUUUCGCCAUGUUCUCUUUAUUUGGUGGCAUUAAUGACUGAGAAUUUAGAGCAGGGAGUUGACGGCCGAUUUACAGUCGAACCCCAUGUCAACAUGGUUAUUUAUUACGUCUCAACCAUGGAAGAGGUUGCACGGACUAAAAUCGGCACAGGAAUCAGCACUAGCCUUGAAGUGUUUUACAUCAAUGUUUUGACGAAUGGAUAUUGGGGGUUUGGUAAUUAUGAUUGUCGCUAUGCCGACUACUUUUCCAUUUUUGUGACUUAUUCUAAUUUGGAAAAACCCCCCCAAGACAUAGCUUAUGCUGCACCAUUUUACUUUUACCAAGACAAACUCAUUCGGGCUAAGACGAUGGAGUUCCCUCGUGGUGCUAUCAAUAGCGUCAAGUUUUUUGAUGGGAACUUGAUUAUUGCACAUGAAGGGUUGCUGCGCCGGUUCCCUGUUAAUUUGAUAUCUGUUUCUGAACUCUUAUCGCCUCACACUGUCAUUGAAAUGUUAGGGAAAGAAAUAUUGAAUCAUGACCUAAUUGAGUCGACGUCCACAAUUGUAGUAGACAUGGAUACUAAGGGACCUAUUGAUUUUUCCUUCUAUCCAAGAGAAUGGAACCUUGCGGUUGGCGACAUGGUUACCGGACCCUUUUUGUCACAUCAAGGUUCGACCCUGGGUCCGACUAAUCGCACUUUUUUAGAGCGGAACGUCAUUGUUCUUGAAGAUUAUGUGGACCAGGAUGCAAAUGAGCGUCUAAAGAAACAACGGAUGUUUGAUGUGACCGAGUCCACACGUGCGCUCACAUGCAUUACUGUUUUGUCACCCCAAGAGGUUGCAUACGGGACUUCAGACUCACUUCUUGUUGUGGCCCGUAUCGAGGACACUAGCUUUAUAGAGAAUCGCGACCGAAGUCGGUUCCACGUACGGUUGAAUGGCCAAAUAACGUAUGAUCUCAAACAACGCACAUAUGCUAUCCCCACAGGCACUCCGCCAACGUCAAUCACAAGAUGCAAUUGGGCUCCGGCUUAUUACCUGAAGCUUCUUCAUCACAAUAUGCCACAAAGCUUCCCGCCUUCGACCGCCUCAUGGGACCAAGUUUUUUCGCAGCCUGAAUCAAUAUCACUUAUGGGUACCACGGAUGGCUCGUUAAAGAUUUUUUGUCACGAAUCUAAUCCAACCAAAAUGCUUUACUUGUCCAUGUUUUGCAGAACAUUGCAGGAAGUAAGCAAAGAAGGACUCCAACGCCAGGAUAACGAUUUUUGCAUUUUAUUUGCUGGCAGGACAAUUGAAAAUUUUCUUUCUCAAAGCUCCCAAGAACGUUUCAAGUGUUAUUCACAUGAUACCAUGGUCAAGUUUGCUCGCCACUUUGUGUACGAAAUCCUGGCUCAAAGACGGCCAAUUCCUAAGUUUUUGGCUCAUGAACGAGAAAAGUUUUUGAAAAUUGGACCCAUGGGAUCUAUUCUUGAUUCUGAAUUUGCAGAAGAAAAUAAAGAAGAAAUUGAAUAUCUUGCAGAGAUUCUUGCGGAAAAUAUUUCAAUGGAAUUGAAAAAUAAAGCGGCCAUUUUGGAUGUUGUUUCAGUGAUUGAGAGCUUGGAGUGUGCUAUUGUGGAGCGUUAA